AUGUCGAGUAUUAAUACAACAGUUAUAACAACAACUGGUCCAUCACGAGAUGCUUUGAUUGUCGGCUACUAUUCAUUAACUUUGAUUAUCGUUGGCACCUUAUUCAAUAUUAUAACGUUGUUUAUUCUCUGUCGAUCAAAAUUUAAAAGUGCUAGAGCAAGACCAACACUUCAUUAUAUGCGUACAAUGGCUAUAUUUGAUAUCCUAAUGUUAUAUGGAUGGAAUCUCGAUCAUUAUCUCAAAAACAUAUAUCAAAUUCGUAUAGUAACCUCUUCUUUAAUAUCCUGCAAAAUUAUUUCUUUUCUCAGUUUUUUCGCACCUCAAUCAUCAGCUUGGCUCCGUGUCUUUGUUUGCUUGGAUCGAUAUUUAUCAUUAAGUCGUCUUCAUCGAACAUGGUUUGGUCAAUCUAAAAAUGUUCUUAUCAUAAUUGCAUGCAUUCUAUGCAUCCUUCUUCUUCUCAACUUUCAUUUUUUCCUUUUCGUUUGUUACUAUAAAGCAAAUGGUACGAUCACCGUUUAUUCUUGGUUAUAUAGUGUUUAUCCACUAUGGGAUAAUGUUAAUUUUGCAGUGUAUAAUUGUGCACCGUUUAUAUUCAUGGUUAUAUUCAAUAGUGGUGUAAUUCAUCAUUUAAUUCGUCUUAGACGUACUACAACCAUUCGAAACUCUCAAAUUCAACAUCGAUCUAUUUCAAUUACACUGGUUAUUACAACAUUUCUCUUCUUAGUUAUGACUGUACCGUCAAACGUAGCUUUUUCAUUUUUUCCCUCAUCAGACAAUACUCUUUUGUGGCUCUUCGAUUGCCUCGUUUACUCCUAUCAUGCAUUAUCUUUUCCACUGUAUAUGAUUACAUUUGAUGAAUUUCGAGAAAAUUUUUUCGAAAUGAUUCCAUGUAAGAGAAACAAUCGAAGAGUUGCACCGCUAACACGAACUGGUACUAUACCGCCGACAUUCGCUAUAACAAAAACUAUGACCAAUACUUGA